AACAAAAUUUUUUUUCCACAGGGUAAAAUGGCAGAAAAUUACGGCGAUUCCGAUAAAAGAUUACAGCCUGCUUCAAUGUACUUUAAAUUGGACAGUGAAAUGAUGGCGGAUGGAGACAGUGGUUCUGCCACUGCCGAUAACGAGGUUUCCAAGCCAUUUGAAUCCGCUAGUAUGUUUUUUCCGGUCGAUGCUCAAGGAGUGAUUCAGGUGAAACUGCUGCCACCAUUGGUCUGCAUAUUUCAUCAUGUGGAUUUUAAGAACAAUGAGAGACGCGAUGGAAGCUCACAGGAUGUCGAAGCUUUGAAGAAAACGUUUGGCAGCCUCAAGUGCCAGAUUAUAGAAGUUCCUAACCCAACAUUAGCUGUGGUUAAGAAGAAAAUUGCAGAAUUGGCUUUGGCAGAAUUUGACCAACUGUCCGGCCUGGUCAUCAUAAUCCUGAGCCAUGGCGGGCGUAAGGAGAAGAUCGAAUCGUGCGAUGGUCAGUCGUACGACUUGGAUGAUGAUGUGCUGUUUCCACUUCGCGACAAUAGCACCCUGAAGGGCAAACCCAAAAUCCUUAUAGUCCAGGCGUGCAAGAACGAAACAAGAAGAAAAAAAGUUCGGGCGGAUUCUUCGAGAUUUGAACCGGAUUACUCUUACUAUAUGAAGUGCUACAGCACCACCGAGGGUAUGUUAAGCUCUCGUGACACAGUUGAGGGAACGAUUUUCAUACAAACCCUGUGCACUGCAAUGGAUCAGCAUGCCCUUACGAAGGAUUUCAAGGUCAUUAUGGAGGAAGUAAACGCUAUGGUCGAGAAAGAGUCCGCACAAAACGGAUUUAGGCAAGUACCGGCCAUAUUAUGCUCACCAUGGACACCAUACUGUUUUGGAGAUUAUGUGAAUAACGCACCCUAGAGGAUUGGAAAACGGAUUUAUUAACGAAUUAAACGUAAAAUAAAAAGAAACAUUUUUUAAAAUGUGCAUACAUACUUUACAAAAAAUUGCACCGAAUAAAAGAUAUUACCAGUA